AUGGAGGCAAACGAACAAUUAGUUAGAGAAGAAAAUGAAAAGAAACUGUUACUACAACAAAAUGCCAUCCUAAAGGCUGAGUUACAAAAACUUAAAAUGCAAGGCAUUGAUAAAACGGACCCACCCCCCACAGACCCAUUAUUUCCUCAACCUACCUCAGUAUGCAGAGUAGCCAUAAAACUUCCUCCCUUCUGGCCUGAUCGACCUGCAAUUUGGUUUGCUCAGGUAGAGGCACAGUUCUCGAUUUCAGGCAUCUCCGCUGACCUGACUAAAUUUAACUACGUGAUUGCUCAGUUAGAUACCCGAGUUAUUGGGGAGGUAGAUGACAUUAUUCUCCAACCACCACCUGAGGACAAAUAUGGUCGCCUCAAAUCCGAGUUGAUCCGUAGGUUGUCCGCGUCUGAGGAGCAACGUGUCAGGCAACUUGUCAGUGAUAUUGAGUUGGGUGAACGCCGUCCUUCGCAGUUUUUACGUCAUCUUAGAUCAUUGACAGGAAACACCCUCACUGAUGAAAAUUUGCUUCGCCAGCUAUGGAUGCGUCGCCUCCCACAACAUUUCCAAGCAAUUUUGGCCGCCCAAUCAGAACUCUCGCUGGACAAAGUCGCUGAGCUAGCGGACAACAUUUUGGAAGUUUCGCCUGAAAUGGCGCUUAAUUUGGGGCUACGCCGCACAUUUCAAUGGCGAUUUAUUAUCGCUGACGUCAACACCGCCAUCAUCGGCUCCGAUUUUCUGGCGCACUAUCGGUUGUUGCCAGAUUGUGCCAGUAAGAGACUCGUCGAUAGCAUUACCGGGUUGUCAUGCGUUGCUGCCGGCGCUGUUUUAGACCAGACCAGCGUCAAAGUUGUCUGCGCUCCGUCAUCCCAAUUUAGUGCACUUCUUGCGGAAUUUCCGUCCAUAACAAAGCCACCAGGACUUAUUCGUGAGCCGAAGCAUAACACAGUUCAUUAUAUUCUAACCACUGAGGGCGCCCCAGUCUCUUGUCGUCCUAGACGUCUGGCACCUCAAAAACUUCAAGAGGCCAAAACGGUUUUUGAUGAUAUGGUACAGUGCGGGACAGCCAGACCUUCGAAAAGUUCGUGGUCUUCUCCACUUCAUAUGGUCCCUAAGCGCGACGGCACCUGGCGACCCUGCGGCGAUUAUCGUGCGUUGAGUUCACGUACCAUAUCCGACAGGUACCCAGUUCGCCAUAUCGGUGACGUUGGCCAUAACAUAUCUGGGUGUAGUAUAUUUAGUACAAUCGACUUCGUUAAGGCAUAUCAGCAAAAUCCUGUUGCGCCUGAGGAUAUCUGUAAAACCGCCAUCAUAACACCCUUCGGACUCUGCGAAUUUAAUUACAUGACUUUUGGUCUGCGCAUCGCAGGCCAAGCGUUUCAAAGAUUUAUAGACGAAGUUGUCCAAGGUCUCGAUUUUUGCUUUGCGUACGUUGACGACAUAUUAAUGUAUUCCCGUGAUGUUCUUCAACAUGCUGUACACCUUCGUACUCUUUUCAAGCGUUUUGAAGAUUACGGAAUCGUUAUAAAUCCAGCAAAAUGCGUGUUUGGUGCUCCUGAGGUUACUUUUCUCGGAAACAGAAUAUCCGCCGACGGAACACAACCGCCAUCAGAGCGCAUUCAAGCUCUAAAAGAUUUUCCUCUACCACAGACUAUACAAGGACUCCGUCGUUUCAUUGGAAUUGGGAUGGUUAAUUAUUAUCGCCGAUUUCUGCACAAUGCGGCCAAGUUACAAGCACCACUAAUCAACGCGAUCGUGGCCACUGGAGGUAGAGGUCUCACACCGAUCACUUGGACAUCUGAGCUCGAAGAAUGCUUUAAUGCCUAUAAAGAUAGCUUGUCAUCUGCAGCUCUGUUGGCACACCCUUUGCCUAACGCUGAACUAGGGCUUUUCACCGACGCUUCCAGUUCUCACGUAGGUGCCUGCCUUCAGCAGAAAGUCGGUGAUGCUUGGCAACCCCUGGGUUUCUUUAGUAAAAAGCUGAAUCCCCGACAGUGCCAGUGGCCAGCAUACUACCGAGAACUUCUUGCGGUAUAUGAGAGUGUGCAACAUUAUCGACACUUCCUAGCCGCACAGCACGUAACAAUUUAUACGGACCAUAAGCCAUUAGUUUACGCGUUCUCGCAACGUCGCGAAAGGCUUCCUCCGGUACAGUUAAAUCAACUGUCUUUUAUUUCACAGUUUACCACGGACAUUGUCCAUAUAAAAGGGGUGGACAAUACGGUGGCGGACGCCAUGUCCCCCAUCGAAGCUGUUAGUUUUGAAACUGACCAUUCUGCUCUCUCCGCUUGCCAAAAACUUAAUGACGAAUUGAAAAAGUAUCGUAACGAUGCGAAUUCUUCUCUAAAACUAGAGAACGUCUUAGUUCCUGGCACAAACACUGUUUUGGUCUGCGACAUGUCAACAGGGCGACCACGCCCAUUUGUAUCGGAACCUAUGCGAAAGAAGAUUUUUGCUUAG